AAUCCGCCUUAUUACCCGUUUUUCAUUUUUGAUCGCCUUGUUAAAAUUUGUGAGUUCUGAUUGAAAUGGGUACCUUUGUAGGCCAUGUUUUACCAGGCUUAGGGUUUAUGCUAAUUGGCCUCUGGCAUCUCUUAAAUACUGUAAGAAAUUAUGCCCAAUCUCCAUGGGAAUUUCAAACCAGGCCCUGGUUUCCCGCUAAAUUUAGAGGCAGAGUAGUAAAGCAUAUAGAGCUGCUUGCUAUUUUAGUUGGAUCAUGCCUUUCAAUUUCUGCAGAGCUUUUUAUCGGCCCAGAGAGACACCAGCCUCUGGCAGAUGACUGGACUAUUCCUCCCGAGCACCUCAACAAUUUCGAGCACUCUUCUAUUUCACUGUUUUUCCUCAUCUAUGCAGCCGUGGCAAUCUACGUGGACAGGCAUGAGAUCCACGUGCCACACGGGAUGCUCCACGUGGUUGCCGCGCUGGCGUUCAGCCAGGAGUUAUUGCUGUUCCAUCUGCACUCCGCUGAUCACAUGGGGGCUGAGGGACAAUACCAUUGGCUGCUACAGCUUAUAGUUCUCGUUAGCCUGGCCUCCACUAUUUUAGAGGUACCUUUUCCCAAGAGCUUUUUAGUGGCCACGGUGAGGUCGAUGUCUAUAUUAUUUCAGGGAAUAUGGUUUGUACACAUGGGAUUCAUGCUGUGGAUUCCUAUGUUUGUUCCGAAAGGGUGUAAAAUGAACGCAGAGCACGGUCAUAUGGUGGUGAGGUGCGCUGAGCAGGGGGCUAACUCAAGGGCCAAGGCUCUGGCCAAUCUGCAGUUCAAUUGGUACUUGGCCUCUCUCCUGAUCUUUACCGUAAUCCUGUAUGUUAAAAUUAUGCAGUAUUAUGGCCCGGAAAAAUCAGUUUCUUAUAUUCCAGUAGAAGUUAAGGGGGAUGAAAAAGACGUAGAGAUUGGGAACGCCGCCAAAUUUAGCAGGCCUGGACACAGGCGGUCACCUGACGGGUCACAGAGCGACAUGGAUGUGGAGAUGGAGAGUAUGCAGCCCCUAAAUCUAGAAAGAUAAAAAUAAAACACAAAUCUUAUACUUUUUACUCUUUUUAUAUAUAUUAUUUUUAAAAAAAUUAGUGCGUCUGUAACUAUAGAGUCAUAACAUGGUCUUUACGGUGUGAAUAACCGCCCUGGAUGACUUGUGCUCAAGAUAGGGGCCAGUUAAUGUAAAUACUUCUCUUUGUCUCUGAAAAAUUUGUAGUUGCGCCUUCAAAUUUGAUGGGUGGAACAUUUGGAUGACAUAUAAAUUGUAUUGUUUUUAAGGCGGUGAAACAA